ACGCGAAACAUUGCGAUCUCUCAAGGUGACCGAACCCGAACGAAACCGACCGGCGGCGACGACGACAGGCUCAGGCGAUGGACCUGCUGCGCAGCGCCUACUCAAAUUCCUCCGACGAAGAACCCGAACCCGCACCCGAACCCGCACCCGCGCCCGCGCCCGCGCCCGCGCCCGCGCGUCCCUUCGGCUUCCACCCUCCUCCUCCGAAGCGACCCAGACCCGAAAACCGUACGAUCUCCAUCCCCGCCAAAUCCAAUCGCUCGCGUCCUCCUCCGACCGAAGCUCCCGUCCAUGGCAGGUACGUGUCCAAGAGGGAGCGAGCCCUCCUGGGUUCGGGUUCGCCAUCCGCUGCGGUUCCCGACCACCCAGACACCACUGCUCCUUCAGCUUCGACUUCCGCCGCCGUUUCAUGUAUGGGAAGUUUAUUGGAUUCAGACCUUCCAUCUGAUGUUCUAUCACUGUUGAGGCAUCAAACAAAAGGUCAUGGGCAUCUUGCUCACAUACAAGAAAGGCUAUCUGUAGCUCUGAAGGGCCAUACAAAGGCUGUCAACACGAUCCAAUGGUCAGAAAGUCAUGCUCAUCUUCUUGCAUCGGCUAGCAUGGACCAUAAGGUCUUCAUAUGGAAUGUGUGGAGUAAAAAUCACAAGAAAGCACGCAUUCUGAGCCACCACAAUGCUGCGGUGAAGGAUGUGAAGUGGUCAAAGCUUGGUUGGCAUGUACUUUCUUGUGGAUAUGACUGCACAUCAAGGUUGGUUGAUAUUGAAAAGGGGAUAGAGACUCAGGUAUUCAAGGAGGACCAAGUUGUUAGUGUUGUGAAAUUCCACCCAGACAACUUCAACCUUUUCCUUUCGGGAGGAGCAAAAGGCCAGCUUAGGUUAUGGGAUGUCAGAACUGGCAAAGCAACACAUCAGUAUAUACGUCAACUUGGUCCGAUCCUUGAUUUGGAGUUUUCCCUAGAUGGCAAGCAAUUCAUCUCUUCCAGCGAUGUCUCCUUUAGCAAUAUCAGUGAAAAUGCAGUAAUAGUUUGGGAUGUUUCCCGGCAGGUUCCUCUUUCCAAUCAGGUUUAUGGAGAGGCCUAUACCUGCACCUGUAUUAGGCAUCAUCCAACUGAGCCUUGUUUUGUUGCCCAGUCAAAUGGAAAUUAUAUUGCCCUUUUCUCUUCAAACCCCCCUUUCCGGCUUGACAAGUAUAAAAGGUACGAGGGUCAUGGAGUCUCUGGGUUCCCCAUCAAGUGCAACUUCAGCUUAGAUGGUGAGAUGCUUGCGACGGGCUCCUCAGAGGGUUCCAUAUACUUUUACAAGUAUGGGUCAUCCGAACUUCUCGGGAAAACUAAGGCGUACACAUCACCAUGUGUGGACGUGGCUUUCCACCCUACUAUGUCAAAUUUUAUUGCAGUCUGCAGUUGGGCUGGAGAUAUAUCAGUGUUCGAGUAGCUUUGCUGUAAUUCAGACUCACACAAGUUCAUAGACAAUGUGUUUUUUCCCCCAUUUUCAGCAGUAAAAGGGGAAGGUACCGCUACUAACCGCAUGUGGUUGCUAAUAGACGCGCAAAAUUAUUGAUUUUGGUUUUUCCCUCAUUUAUCAUGUAAUUCUCAACAUCCAAUCUGGAAUUCUUUGAAAUUUGUGGGAAGAAGUUUGUUUUCUCUCUUAAGGAACUAUUACGACGACUUGCUUGCUUGCCACAAAAA